AUGCGGCGUUUAAAGAACUUGAUACGACGUGGGAGGGAGCCCUCGCCGGCGCCUUCCUCAAGCACCAACGCCGACCCCGCAAGCACCUGCACAACUGGAUCUGGAUCAUGCCGACCUGGCCCAGAGCCCACAGAAACUUCCAUCAUCCACAAACCCCACGACCGACCUCAAGAUGCAGACGAGGCAAGAGAACCGUCUACCUGGGCGGGUCUUUGGGCCGAAGCAUACAGGAUAGUAAAAGAGGACCCAGAGAAUUCUCACCUGCUGGCGGCAUUUGAGGCCUACCUGGGAAACGACACAGGCUUAGAUUCAGAUGAAGCUCCCGCUGCUCCCGAGGAUGAGACAAUACGCCUUGGUCUGAUCCAAAAGCUCGCCCAAGAGAAACUUGAGGGGCUCUCGGAAGCCCAUCUCGCCUUCUCCCUCCGUGGAAGACGUAUCGUCGUGCGGAAUGCCGUCCUCAAAGCCGUGAAAUUGGUUUCGAGCUUCAAGCCCAUCAUCAAUGGCGCCGUUGCGGCUGAACCGCAUGCCGCCUUGGCUUGGGCUGGCGUUUUGACUCUUCUUCCAAUGCUAGAAAACCUCUUCCAGCAAGACGAAGAUGCAGCGAAUGGCCUAACCAACAUUUUGUUCCUUCUUAUCCGGUACCAAGGAAUCCAAGAGUCGAUUCUUGGUGCCGAAUUCGAGGACGCAAGUCAAACUGAAACUGCCCGCCAGCUGCUUUCAAGCAUCAGAACCAAGCUCGUCAGCGUCUACGCCCAAGUCUACAUGUACCAAAUUCGAUUUGUCCUCCAAUACGCCAGGGGCAAAGUCCGUCGUGCUCUCAGAAACACCGUGAGCGCCGAUGGGUGGAAGCAGAUGUGGAGUGAGAUCGAGUCGACCAGCCGCCUCAUCGACCAAGGUGUGCAAGAUCGACUUGGAGUCAGAGCACUGGAGACAUGGCGACGGGUGAAUGACAUCGAAACAAGAGCCGAGAGAAUUGAGUCCUUGCAGCAGGCUACACUAGCAGCAGUGCAGACUGGAAACGAGGCACAGCUCUUGCUGUCACUACCGUUUGCGGGAAAUGCCAUCUUUGAUUCCGCCGAAACCUUGAGUGCUGACGCCCCUUGCCUACCGGGGACCCAACGCCGUAUUCUGAGCGAGAUCCAGGACUGGGCAGAGAACCCCAAUGGAGAAGUGAUCUUCUGGCUACAUGGCAUGGCAGGGACAGGAAAAACCAGUGUUGCACUAACAGUUGCGAACGCUCUUAACGAACGAGAACCGUUCACGGCUGGAAGAACGCCCCCAAGCACCGCUUUCCUCGGCGCUAGCUUCUUCUUUAAGCAAGGCGAUGCUACCAGAAACAAUACGGCGACCUUCUUUCCAACUCUGGCUAGAUGCCUGGCGGAAGUAUUUCCUGAUUUCAAAUCACACAUCGUCAGUGCCAUAAAUGAGAGAUUGGCGAUUGGGACGAAGGCACCAUCGCAGCAGCUUAGACAUCUGAUUGUUGAGCCUCUCUCUGUCCUUGAUGAGGAGACAUAUUUGCCCGUUCGACUCGUGGUUGUGGUUGACGCACUGGAUGAGUGCUUGGAACAAGAAGAAGCCAAGGUGCUCCUGGAAAUGCUCGCGACUCUUGAGCAUCUCCAUCAAGUCCAACUUCGGCUCUUGAUUACCAGCAGACGAGACAAGCACCUUGUUGGAGGCUUUGAAAGACUUCCUAGCGUCUUGUACCGACCUGUCCUUCUUGAUAAAGUGCAGACAUCUACGGAAAAGAACGGGUCUACGGACGACAUCACGUUCUAUCUCUCGUACACCUUGGCCAAGAUCGCCGAAAAGCACGGCGUCUCGCAGAACUGGAUUGAUGAGGCAGACGUUCACAAGCUCAGUCAAAAGGCCGAUGGUCUCUUCAUUUACGCAGCUACUGCAUGCCGCUUUCUGGAUGCCGAAGACUUUGCCGACGAGGAGGCCAGACUCGAGCGUCUGGAGCAAAUCUUUGAAGAUGAUGGGGAAGUUAAAGGCCCCCAGCAGAAAGUCGACGAGAUUUACCUCAAGGUUCUGUCGUUCCCACAUCUGGCUAGUUCCACGAAAAAGACAAGAAAGAGAGUUUAUUCUCGCACAGGCACAAUCCUUGGUUUUCUCGCGGUUCUCUUUGAGCCUGUCUCUGUUUCUUCACUUGGAGUCUUUGUCUCCCUCCCAAAAGAGACGCUAGAUGACAUACUGCGUCAACUGAAUUCGAUUGUGAGCGUCCCUCAGGACGAGAAAUCUCCCCUUGGACUCGUGCAUCUAUCGUUCCGCGAUUUUAUCUUGAACGAGGAGCGAUCCAAGCAGUUGCAGUUCCGGAUCGAAGAAACUGCAAUGCAUCGAAAAGUUUUACGGCGUUGCCUUGACAUCAUGUCCUCAGAGCUUUUUCAGGACAUUUGCAAAGUCAUCUUGCCAGCAAAGCUGGCUUCUGAGGUACCGCGCCGCCAGAUAGAGCAGAACAUCCCUCAACAUCUGCGAUAUGCGUGCCGCUAUUGGAUCGAUCACCUCGCCAAGUUGGAUCAAGACGGUCGUCUGGAGAAUGAGUUGCAGGAUAAUGGAGAGAUCCAUGCGUUCCUCAAAGAGCGAUUCUUGUACUGGCUCGAAGCCAUGAGUUUCAUUGGGGAGACACCAACGACAAUUACUAUGAUCAACAAGCUGCAGGGCAUGAUAAAUACAGCCGAUUCCCCUGGACUAUUUUCCUUUGCCUACGACGCCAGGCGCUUUGUGCUUGCCAACAGAUGGGUCAUUGAUCAUGCACCCCUGCAGAUUUACGCCUCCGCACUUAUCUUCAGCCCACAGAAUAGUGUGAUACGCUCCCAAUUCACAGAUCUGAUGCCUCCUUGGAUCACCCAGAAACCGAUUACUGAAGAGAAUUGGACCCCGCUGAUUACUACUCUCGGCGGUCAGGCCUCUGUCUACUAUUGUAUUGCUUUCUCGCCCACCGAAGACUUGUUAGCGUCUGUAUCCUCGAAUGGGACGGCAAGUUUGUGGGACUACAUCACCGGAACCGAACGAUUCAAGUUCGAAGGGCGCGGGCCUAGAGAGGCGCAUUGUGUUUCUUUCUCAGCUGAUGGCAAAAGAAUUGCAAUUGGAUUAGACAAUGGGUCGCUACAAGUGAGAGAGUUUGCCAAAGGCAAGGUUAUCGAAUUAAGGGGCCACGGAGAGAGUAUCUCGCACGUCGCAUUUUCACCUCGAGAUCACAGAAUCUUGGCAUCAGUAGGGACUCGUGGCACGCGGUUUAUAUGGAAUGUCGACAAGAGGCGGAUAAUCCACAAAUGCCGUUAUUCAGGCGAAGAGUUUGGAGAGCCAGUUUCAUUCUCUGGAGACGGUAGCCUGGUUUACUUUGCAGGGCAAGGGGGAGGCGGCCCUCCCGUGUUGAUGAGUGUGGAAACAGGAGACUGUAUCGAGAUGCCCGAGACUGGGGAAGACGACGACAUUUUGACAACCACAUUUUCUAUCGAUGGCCAGACUGUGGCAACGGCUACAAAGGAAGCAGUCACAAUCAAGGAUUUAUCAACAGGGAUUCAACGCUUUCAAGGACCGUCCAAGGACGUCACGCAAAUGGCUUUCUCGCCAGAUGGGAAGGUGUUGGCUCUUGUGAUUGGCCAAUCUGAUGUUGAGCUUCAUGAUGUGAAAAAAUGGGCUGUUAUUGGAAGCUUUCACACUACUAGAUAUGUUGAACAUAUUGCGUUCUGCAGAGACGGCAACACGAUCGCGAUAUACGGCGGGGCUGGCCUUCAGCUUUGGGAUACGAGCAGUGUGAUCGAUGGACUGCCCGUGGAAGAACCGACAAGUUUUGAAGAUUUGAUGUUCCUGCCCAACAGCGAUAGCCAGGUGCUAGGCCAUUCAGCCGACGGGGCGAGAGUGUUGGAUGCGUCUGGUGGACAUGUCAAAUCACGGCCUUUGGAUUUGGAUUUAGUCCGGCAAGCGAGAACCUCCCCAGACAAAAGAUUUGUCGCGAUGAAUGGCCCGAGGACCCAGUUAUGGGACAGCAGCAUGUCGAAACUGCUGUUUGAAACCGAUGAGUCAGAUUAUGUCGUUUUUUCCCAGGACGGCACUCGCAUGGUGUUACCAGACUACCGCUCCGGCUGCAACUUGCGGGUAUUUGAUACGAAAACAUUCGAGGAGACUUGGGAACUCUCCCUGUCGGAUAAUGUAUGGCUGGCAACUUUUGAAAUCUCACCGAAUGGCCAGUUCAUCGGGUCCUGGUCCAACAUUGGCUUGAGCUAUCAAUUUCAGUUGUGGGACCUUGCAACGCAGAAAUCCAAAUUGUUGUUGGCUCCCGAGGAUCUAAGCGACCCAAGAGGAAUAAUCUUUUCUCCCGAUAGUCAAUUGGUUGCCCCGAUGUGGUUAAGCAGUGAUCUUCGCAGCGUAACAGUUAAGCUCAUAGAGGUAGCGACAGGGAGGGACAGGGGCAGCAUAUCGCACACGAACAGUUCUUGCCUCAAACCCGUCUUCCACAAUGACAACCAGCUCUUUGUGUCAGUGAAAGAUGAAAAUUUCAUCACGGGGUGGGAUACGAAACAUUUGAGCGAGAAAUUCUUUUUGGAAGGUAUUGACAAGCGUUUUGCCAAAGUGAGCUGGGACCUAAUCAUCACACCGACGGGACAACUUGUUGCAGUGAGAAACGGGCACGAUGAGAAUUUGGACUUUAUGAUAAUUCAUCAGUGGGAAAUUUCUACUGGUAAGGAGAUUGGGAGGUAUCGAAUCGAAGGUUGGUUACCUCAGCUGGAGCUUUCCGACGAUGGCCGAUAUCUGACAGGCCCGAGGGGGCGACUUCCUCUCUCACCAUCUCCAAUCACGAGCGGUGAGAAAGCCUACUCAGGAGAGUUUCAGAAAGACUGGCAGGAUCUCCUCUACUUGGGUGAGCGAUGGGUCUUCCAGGGGCUGACGAGGCUUGUUUGGCUCCCACCCCAGCAUCAAGAGAAUCAAGGACGCCGUGGAGCCGCGAGAGGCGAAACUGUUGCUCUCGGAGGCAGCGAUGGCGGGGUUAGGAUCAUCAAGUUCGACCUUGCCAAGACGCCGUUGGUGACAGGUCGAAGUUAUGCAGAUUAG